UAACCCUGUGGCUCCUAACCCUGUGGCUCCUAACCCUCUGUCCAGCAGCCUGCUCCACAGGACCACAGGCCAUGGCGUAUGUCCCCCUGGCUCUCUCCCUCCUUGCGGGGCUCCUGUCUCUGGCUCACGGCUCUAACGACAUCAGCAGAGGUGAAGUGUGCAAGAAUGCUCCCUUUGUCCCGGGACACAAUCUGAUGGGCGAGGGCUACGACAUCGUCACCCUGAAGAGGAAAGGGGCUUACCUGGUCGACAUCACCACCUACAUGGCCCCAAAUGGCACCUGUAAUCUGAUCAAAAACCCUCUCCACGGAAACCAACUGCAGAAGCUGCCACUCGCUGCAGUAGAUUUCCGAGCUAUUACUCAGUGCCAAUCCUCUAUCAAGCAGACUAUGGAGUCUUCAGUCAGUAAAGUGGUCAGUACCAUGACUUACCAAGACAGCAGUGACUGGAAGGUGGGGCUGAAGCAGGAAGACUAUGGAGACUUGGAGGUGGGAGGGACACGCUCUGAUGCAUACAACUUUGUAUCAACAAGAGCUAAAGAAGAUAAGUUUACUUUUAGUAUCCACUGCUCCUCUUGUACGCACUACAGAUACCGGGUGUCCAGUACUCCUCCUCUGAGCUCUGAGUUUCGAAAGGACGUGUCCCUGCUGCCCUCCUCAUUCAACUCCUUCACCAAGGCCCAGUACAGACGCCUUAUCAGCACCUAUGGCACACACUACAUCCAACAGGCAUAUUUGGGUGGACGAUUCCGACGUGUGACGGCUGUGCGAACCUGUUUGUCCUCCCUCAACGGCUUUUCCUCUUCUGAGGCACAUAGCUGUCUCUCUCUGGGCAUAAACCUGAGCCUGGGCCUGGGCAAGCACAAUGCAAUUGGGACUGCAGAGUACAAGAGCUGCCAGAACCUGUUCCAGAACAAGGAUGUGGCCACCUCGUUCAGCACGGGCCUGCACCUGCACCACACAGAGGUGGUGGGGGGCACGGGCUGGGACGGAGACUUCUCCCUGCUCUUCAACAACUCGCAGAGGUACAACGCGUGGCUACAGUCGCUCAAAGACCACCCCGACAUAAUGGAGUACUCGCUCCGACUCAUGUCCGACCUGGUGCCAGACUUAAAGAAGAGACCACAUGUGAACGCCGCCAUUGUAGACUACCUGAAGGAAAACGGCAUCAGUAAAAAAGACGAGGAACCGUGUGGAGUGAACUGUUGUCCCAAAAGGGCGUGGAGUGGUCUGCUCACAGUGACUAUAGUCCGGGCCUGGGGACUUAAAGGAGACUUCAUUGGUAAAACUGACAGUUAUGUCAAGAUGUGGUAUGGACCGCACUACCGCCAGACUCGAGUCAUCAAGUCCAAUAACCCAGCAUGGAAUGAACGCUACGAUCUGGGCAUGGUGGACACUCACGCGGACAUGAAGAUCGAGUUGUGGGAUGAGGACCUAGGACCUGACGACCGCCUGAUUUCCUGUCUACACCCUCUCACCCAGGGCACCCGCCCCAUCGUCUGCAACAGCAGGAAGGGAGGGGUAGAGGUGCACUACACGCUAACUUGCGACCAGCAUCUGACUGGGUCACGCUGCAAUGAGUACAAACCCACUCCACACACAUAAACAGGGAUCACAUUGCAAUCAAAUGUUUAAUGUUUGGUAGGGACGUAAUGAUUAUUAAAGGCGCACUAUGUAACUUUCCUUGUGGAGCAUCCACCUGCUUGCCUCCAUGGAAACUAUGUAACUUUUCUAAUAGAGGGUCUGCAUUUAUUCAGUUACAGG